CGCAAUCGGCCGAGUUAAAGUCUAGGGUUUUUGUUGGCGCUUCCAAUCUCAAGAAUCCCGUCUCAUUCGAUUUCACCAAGCGUCAAGCCAUGACUAAGAGAACCAAGAAGGCUGGAAUUGUUGGCAAAUACGGUACCCGAUAUGGUGCUAGUUUGAGGAAACAGAUCAAGAAGAUGGAAGUUAGUCAGCACAGCAAAUACUUCUGUGAAUUCUGUGGAAAGUAUGCAGUGAAAAGGAAAGCAGUUGGUAUCUGGGGUUGCAAAGAUUGUGGCAAAGUGAAAGCAGGGGGUGCUUACACUUUGAACACUGCUAGUGCGGUUACUGUCAGGAGUACCAUCCGUAGGCUGAGGGAACAAACUGAGAGUUAGAUUUGGAUGUUUCUUGAUCUACUUUAAUCCUCAAUUUUCUAUCACAUUUCAGAAGAUUAUUGCAAUUUUGUUUUCUAUUAAAAAAAUACAUUGCUAAAUGCAAUCUUAAAGUUUUGAAUGGUAUGUUGACAUGUAUGUGCUAAAAUUUUUAAUUUUGUUAUGUUUCUUUAAAUCUUGUUUAGGGGCUAAAUGUAAGAAAAAGGGUCGUC